AUGCUUCACCAAGGGCACUUGAAAGAGCUGAUGAGUGAUCGAGGGAGAGCCAACUUCGCCCAUAGAUGUGAACAGCAUCAGGGACCACCCAAACCACCUUCCCCUGCUCGAACCAUUCAAAUGAUCAUCAGAGGGGGCAACGACGCAUCAAUCAACAGCGUGAAGUUCACCACCAUCCACAAACUCAAACGGUCGAUCACUCAUGAACAGUACGACGAACUCAAAGAAAGUAUCAUCUUCAAUAAGUCGAAUACCCAAGGUUUGGUUUUUCCUCACUAUGAUGCCCUUGUCAUUACUUUAUGCAUCUUUGAUACAGAUGUAAAACGUAUUAUGGUCGAUGAUGGGAGCGACGCGUGCAUCAUCCACCCUCGAGUUCUCGCACAAUUGAAGCUCUAG